AUGGCGGAAGCCUUCGGCGUUGUCGUCAGCGCCUUCACCGUCGUCGAGAUUGCCGGCAAGCUUGGUUCCAGCACAAUCAGACUCAAGAAGCUUUGGAACGAAGUCCAGGAUGUGCCCCGCGAGAUCAGCCAGCUCGUCGAACAGGUUGAUAUUCUUAACUCCAUUCUUACAGAGAUGGAUAGGGAGUUCAGUCAGGCAGGCGCGCCGAGAAUUGGCACUUCAGAUGCUAGUCUAAGAUGCUGUCAGCAAGUGGCGAACGAGUUGGAGAUACUGGCGACAGACUUACAACAGCAAAUUCUUACCGCGAAGAAGUCACGGAGGAGCAUAACGAAGCUCAGAGUUACGCUUAAAAAGGACCUGAUACAGAGCUGUCAGCAAAAGCUACAGUUCGCCCUGCAAAUGGCGUUGCUAUCACAAAAUACGAGGAUAUUUGCCUCCAUCGCUAGUAGGACCGAGUCAACUAUGAGUGGCGCUGAGACACCGGAAACGAACGCAUUCACUGUCGAGGCUUACUCAAGCCGACAAGUGCGCCUGACAGACGAGCCAAACUUCGAAAGUUUAGCUUCUGUUAGGAGAGCAUCCAGAAUGGAGCCACUCCACAAUGCACAGUCUUCCUUCUUCGGCGGCUUUACCAGUCGGACUGUUCCGCACUCUAAGUAUCACGACGUUCAAGUAUACCAGGCACGGUUACAGCUACCUUGGUGGGUGUCAACGAGACUCUGGGAUAUUCAGUCAUACCGAGCGCAUGCUGGAUGGAAGUUCUCCCUGAGAGUUUGGACAGUCCGACCUCGCAACACUCCCAUAUUCAAUUAUAUACGGGACGGCUACUGGACACUCGCGCUACGUGAAAUCGAGGAGCAUCGGGCAUCUUUGUUCGACCGUGACGAUCGGGGAGCCACACUGCUACAUUAUGCAGUCCAAUCGCAAGAGCUGAAGAUCGUUCAUCAUCUGCUUGCCAUGGGCUUACGGUUGGACGACAUGCGAAGUCGGACCCAUAGUUUUCUUUAUUACAGGGUCGAUGACAGAAAGUCUUCGAAUGAUGUAUUGGAAAUAUUCAAGAUUUGGGUUUAUGUCUUGCUUGACGACAGCCCGGAGGACUAUUACACCCAAAAGGGAGCUAUCCUUGACCCAUUUGCCAUCUCUGGCUUUUUAUGGCAGGCUCAAGAAGCUCGCCAUUACAUGACGAAAAGCCUAGGUGCCACAUACUAUCAGCUCCCGGCGAAAGUCCGAUAUGCUCAUCUAAAUUGGUGCACAACGGAUCCACGAAAUCUGCUAGACGAAAUACAGCGCGACAAAGGCCUCCAGCCCGCAGACUUCAUUGUGGCACUCGAAACAUCAGCAUGUGGUUCUGUGACAUAUUUCGUGGAGAUGUACGCAUACAAUGUUACUCAUAAUUUUCGAGGUGACCGAUCUCACUGGAGAGAACUUGCGCGGUGGAUUCUACAAGCAGUGUCCUCUCAAAGUUUAAGCAUGCACACGUUUUUCAGUGCCAACGGAGAGGAAAUCCACUAUCAAACGCUACUUUUUACUGGUCUUCUCGGAAAUGUGUGGGAUUAUUCGAAAUAUAAACGCCAAACCUCCUUUUUUCUACGAAAGUGGCUGGAAGACGUACAGACCGCAGGUCAUGAACUUGAAGAAUACGGCCGUCAAGAGAUGGAGUAUUUCAAUUCCAUGGCGCGGCUGCGAGAAGAACGUUUGACCACCUGGUCUGAUGAAACUUUGAGAUAUGAGCGUGGUAUGCGACUGGUAUCAUUUGCGUAUGGGCCCGAAGCUGAAGACUGGAAUCUUGUCUGGAGUCUGGAAGCCGAGGAAUACGCCGGUGAGUUUUGGGAUCUGAUCGAGAAUCCGCCUUUACAUAUUCCGGGAGGAUGGGUGGACGAUGACAGUUCGGACUAUGGCUGGUAG